AUGCAAGAUCUACGCAGAGACGCAAGGAAGCGUACUGGCGACAUGUACAUCCGCCGCGGGUUCAAUGCCGUUCACCACGAGGAGUUUGAGUUUUUCGUCGACAAAUUCUCGUGGGGGAGAUUCUUCGGACGUUGGGGUCAAGCCCGGAAGCUCAGGUGGCCCUGGCGGACGUCUGUGAAUAGUCUGAGAGCCGGCGGACUCUCUCUCACCAAGAAGCAGCUUCAUCAAGACGGAGGUCGAUCCAAGCAGCACGGACCGCGGCCCCAAUCCCGCAAACGAUCCAGAGGCUUAGAUUUGACAGAACCUGCCGUUGCCGGCGGCACAGGUAGCGGGCAGACUAGUCCCGCUGUUGCUGAUCUUGCCCAAGCAUCGUACCACGCACUCGAAGAGCGGCUUGCCAGCAUGAAUGCCCGUCUACUUCAGGUUGAGUCAUAUCCCAAGGACGGAAGGCCACUCCGUUACGGCCCAGGCUUCCAUCUGUACCCGACCAUGUGCGAAGAAGCAUGCACGAAGAAGGUCGUCGCCAGCACAUAG